UGUUCCGUGUCGGAUCAAAACUCGUAGAAAACAAUGGCAGAAGUAGCUCCAGCUCCCGCCGCCGCCCCGGCUAAAGCCGCCAAGAAGAAGGUUUCCAAGCCGAAGAAGACUGGCCCCAGCGUCAGCGAGCUCAUUGUUAAGGCUGUGGCCGCAUCCAAGGAGCGGAGCGGCGUGUCUGCAGCCGCCCUCAAAAAGGCUCUGGCUGCCGGAGGUUACGAUGUGGAGAAGAACAAGGCCCGCGUCAAGACCGCCAUCAAGAGCCUGGUGGCCAAGGGGACUCUGGUCCAGACCAAGGGGACCGGGGCCUCCGGCUCCUUCAAGAUGAACAAGAAGGUUGAAACCAAGGCCAAGAAGCCCGUAAAGAAAGCUGCUCCUAAAGCCAAGAAGCCCGCCGCCAAGAAACCCGCAGCGGCUAAGAAGCCCAAGACAGCGGCAGCCAAGAAGACAGCAGCUGCUAAGAAAUCCCCCAAGAAGGUCAAGAAGCCCGCAGCGGCCAAGAAAGCAGCCAAGAGCCCCAAGAAGGCCACCAAGAGUCCCAAGAAAGUGGCCAAAAAGGCCCCUGCAGCCAAGAAAGCCCCCGCAAAGAAGGUGGCCAAACCCAAAGCCAAGAAGGCAGCACCCAAGAAGAAGUGAGCUGUCAUCAGUCUCAACAUCUCAACCUGAUCAAAGGCUCUUUUCAGAGCCACA